AUGAACUCAACAAUACUUGCGUUACAUAUUUCUUCCAAUAGUCUGAGUCCAAUCUUCUCAUAUACAUCCACAUAUCAAAACACCAAUCUCAAAUUUUCACAAAUCCACGCUUCGAAACUUUUUUCGAAUUUCAUUUACUCAAAUCAUCAAAUGAAUGCUCACAUAUACAAGUCAAAGUUCACUAAUAGUUUAAAUACUGCUAUUCGUGUCAAUGAAGUGAGUAUAAUUAACGCAACAAGAUAUAAUAGAUUAAGCGCUGACGGUAUAACAGCAUUUUCGAUUAUUGACUGUCUGUUCUAUAGACUUAAAACUCUUAACCAAGAAGGAGGUGCUGUAAGUAUAGAUUGCGGAAAUGGCUCGAUUAUACUCAAAAAUACAGGAUUUUUCAAGUGUUCCAGUGAUAAAGCUUGCGGAGCAGCUAGUUUAAGAGCCAGAAAUAUCGUUAGUAUUGGCAAUUGUUUCCAUAAUUGCUCAUCUGGCGGAGAUUACGCUUCAAUCAAGGCAAGAGGCGAUUCAGCUCUCAAUAAAGGACAAAUGAUGGACGCAAACUUUACUUCUUUCUUCAAUUGUCCAUUUUCGAAGUUAUAUGGUAGAGAUUAUACAGCUGCUUUUCAAUAUUUCACUCUAAAUUACAUAGAAUGCAAUUCUUCAUUUAAUUACCUUGCAGGAGUCUACGCAUAUCCUUACUUACAGUUGUUAAAAUACAAUUCAAUAAAAUUUUCCAACGUAGCAAGCUGUCAAGUGGAUACAUUGAUAACAUUUGCAAAGAUUAGUGAUAAUAGUCUCUCAUCCAUCUCGCAUUUCAACGUAUUCAACAACACAGUCGGAGGAAAAGUUCUUUACAUCCAAAUUAAAUGUAUUUUAUCGAAUUUCGUGUUUGUUGAUAAUACCUAUAAGGAUGGAUUGCAUAUGGGCUUGGCUACAGACUGUUAUGUCAUAUUUACGAACUCAUUUUUCGAUGGAAUUCCAAAUUUCACACUUCCUGCUUCAUUUUCACAAAAUCUAAAUGCCACAUACAUAAAUAGUACAAACUCUACAGCUAGACAUGCAUAUCCAACCCUCAAUUGCGAGUUUAUCCAAACAUAUCAAUGCUGGGGCAACGAUGUCAAUACAGACUCAGGAGUUGUCGCAUUUUACUUGCAGUGGAAGAGAACUUUGAUCGUAUUGGCCAUAUUAAUCGGCGUAGUUUUCCUCGGAGUUUUCGGAAAAAGGCUUUUCGAGUACGGAAUGAGGAAGAGAGCAGAGAGAAAGGAACCUACGGACACAGAGUCUAUCAUACAACCGAACUCUUCUGCUUUCAACGGCCAAUACAACUUCGAUAUGUAUUGA